AUGUCUUUAACUAAAAGAGAAAUAUCAAAAAAUCAUAUGAGUUCAGAAGUUAAUAUAUUCAAUUAAGUUGACUAAGAACUUAUAAGAAAAAGACCAGGUUCUGGAUAACCAAUUUCAACAAAGAAAUCUCCUUUGCCUUUGAGAAAACCUGGGAAUUCUGGGAAUUAAAGAAUGAUUAUUAAAGAACCUGAAUAAAAUAUUAAACCAAGAUAAUUAAGCAAUAAUUCACAUAAAACAUGUUCAACUCAAUAAUUACCUAUAAUUGUAAACCUAUUGAAUUAAAUUCAUUUAGAAAAGUCCAUCCUAAUAAUAGAAACCUCCAAUAAAAAUCGAUAAAAAAAUUAUUAUGAUGAAAUAAGAACAAGUAAUAACUUCAGCAAGAGGUACUUUAACAGGAGAACGGUCUUAAAGAAAUAGUAGCAAUUAGAAUUUGUCUACAGCAGAUACUCAUACAAAAUAGUUUAAUUGGAUUGAUGACCAAUUAUCUUCAUAAAGAGAAUCAUCAUUAAAUGUAUGUAAUUCAAAAUAUCAAGAAAAAAAGAAUGGGAUCAAAAGAAAAGUAGACUAAUAAUAUUUAAAACUAAAAAAGUAAAUUAUAAGAUAAUCACAAGAAUGUUCAUCUUCCUCUUAAUUAACCUAAAUGUUGUAUUGAUUUUACAAUGACUGCUGGAAAAAAUGAUUUAAGUAAAAUGUUAGAUUCAAUAAAGAUGGAAAUUAAAUAAAUUUCAGAAUAAUCACAUUAAAAUGGAGUGAUUUUAAAUAUGAGUGGUAAGAUUUAAAUAUUAAAUUAAGAAAUAAAGGAGAUGGCUGAUGAUGGAUGUUCUUCUAUGGGAUAGAGUACAGUUUAUUAAUUUAAAAAAUGA